GUCUUCAGUUAUGCAGGGUAGCCGCACGCACUGAGAAGGAGGAAAGCAGCAACAAUAUGGCGACAACUGCAGUUUCUCUUCAAUUUUUUCGAUAUCUGCACUCCAUUUGUGGUUUCCUGGAAAUCUGAUAAUGCUGAAAGAACUAGCUACCCUGGAUGCUGCAUAACUGAAGAAGAAGUUGCUGCAGGAUGAAAACAUGGCUGCACCCCUUAUUGCACCACCAGGACCUGAUAGCUUCAGGAAGUUCACCCCAGAAUCUCUGGCCAACAUUGAGAAAUGCAUCGCUGAGGAGAAAAAUAAGAAGCCUCCUAAACCUGACAGUAGUUACCGUGAUGAUGAUGACGAAAAUAAGCCUAAGCCCAACAGCGACCUUGAGGCAGGCCGAAGCCUGCCUUUUAUUUAUGGGGACAUUCCCUCCAGUAUGGUGGCCGUGCCACUGGAGGACUUGGACCCAUUCUACAUAAAUCAGAAAACAUUUAUAGUGAUCAAUAAAGGGAAAACAAUCUUCCGCUUUAGUGCCACACCUGCCUUGUACUUCAUAAGUCCUUUUAAUCUUGUUAGGCGAAUAGCUAUUAAAAUUUUGAUACAUUCAUUAUUCAGCAUGAUCAUUAUGUGUACAAUUUUGACCAACUGUGUGUUCAUGACUUUUAGCAAUCCUCCAGAAUGGUCCAAACAAGUGGAGUACACCUUCACUGGAAUUUAUACGUUUGAAUCAGCUGUGAAAAUCAUUGCACGUGGAUUCUGUGUAGAUGGUUUUACCUUCCUUAGGGACCCAUGGAACUGGCUGGACUUCAUGGUGAUCUCCAUGGCGUAUAUAACAGAGUUUGUAAACCUAGGCAAUGUCUCAGCUCUGCGCACAUUCAGGGUGCUGAGGGCUUUGAAAACUAUUUCUGUAAUCCCAGGUUUGAAGACCAUCGUCGGUGCCCUGAUCCAGUCAGUAAAGAAACUGUCAGAUGUUAUGAUCCUCACAGUUUUUUGCCUGAGUGUCUUCGCCCUGAUUGGACUGCAGCUUUUCAUGGGCAACCUACGGCAAAAGUGUGUCAUCUGGCCCAUCAACAGCACGGAGAGCUACCUUAACAAUGGGAGUCGUGGCUUCGACUGGGACGAGUACAUCAGGAACGAUACCAAUUUUUAUUUUCUCCCUGGACAACUGGAUGCUCUUUUAUGUGGAAACAGCUCAGAUUCUGGUCGAUGCCCUGAGGGAUACAUGUGCAUGAAGGCGGGCAGGAAUCCGAACUAUGGCUACACCAGUUUCGAUAGCUUCGGCUGGGCCUUUCUGGCUCUCUUCCGUCUCAUGACACAGGACUACUGGGAGAACUUGUACCAACUGACAUUGAGAGCCGCAGGGAAGACGUACAUGAUCUUCUUUGUACUGGUGAUCUUCGUGGGCUCCUUCUACUUGGUGAACCUCAUCCUGGCUGUGGUAGCCAUGGCCUACGAGGAGCAGAACCAGGCCACGAUGGAGGAGGCUGAGCGGAAGGAGGCCGAGUUCAAAGCCAUGCUCGAGCAGCUGAAGAAGCAGCAGGAAGAUGCUCAGGCAGCAGCUAUGGCAACCUCUGCUGGGACGGUGUCCGAGGAUGUGGUGGAAGAUGACGGAGGUGGACGCUUGUCCUGCAGUUCAUCCGAAAUGUCCAAGCUGAGCUCCAAGAGCGCCAAGGAGCGACGCAAUCGCAAGAAGAAGUGGCGGCAGAAAGAGCAAUCUCAAAGUGAGGAGAAGGGUGACAGUGAGAAGAAGUUCGUCAAGUCCGAGUCUGAUGAUGGCAGCAGGAGGAGCAGAUUCCGUUUCCCGGACAACCGGCUGGGCAGGAAGUCUUCCAUCAUGAACCAGUCUCUCCUUAGCAUCCCGGGGUCGCCCUUUCCCUCUCGGCGCAACAGCAAGAGCAGCAUCUUUAGCUUUAAAGGCCGCAAAGACGUGGGCUCUGAAAACGAGUUUGCAGACGACGAGCACAGCACAGUGGAGGAGAGCGACGAGCGGCGCGGCUCCUUGUUCAGCCCUUACCGUCGCAGCAGCUACAGUGGAUACCAUGGCAAGAGGAACAGCACGGUGGACUGCAACGGAGUGGUGUCGCUCAUCGGCCCUGGACGCCUACUGCCUGAGGUGAAAAUAGAUAAGGCAGCUUCUGACGACAGUCCCACUACAGAGGUGGAGGUGAAGAAGAAGCUCUCAGGUUCCUUGAUGGUAUCUAUGGACCAACUCAACACAUCCUUUGGCCGCAAAGAACGAGCGAACAGUGUCAUGAGUGUCAUCACCAACACUUUGGUUGAGGAGCUGGAGGAGUCCCAGCGCAAGUGUCCUCCAUGCUGGUACAAGUUCGCAAACACAUUCCUAAUUUGGGAGUGCUGUCCAGUGUGGCUGAAGAUCAAGGAGAUCGUCAACCUGAUCGUUAUGGACCCCUUUGUGGAUUUGGCUAUUACCAUCUGUAUUGUUCUGAACACCCUCUUCAUGGCCAUGGAGCACUAUCCUAUGACGCCCCAUUUUGAGCAGGUUCUCUCUGUGGGAAACCUAGUGUUUACUGGGAUUUUCACGGCUGAGAUGUGCGCCAAACUUGUUGCCAUGGACCCUUACUACUAUUUUCAGGAGGGCUGGAACAUUUUUGAUGGCUUCAUUGUGAGCCUCAGUUUGAUGGAGUUGGGCCUUGCUAAUGUGGAGGGCCUGUCGGUGCUGAGAUCAUUCAGAUUGUUGAGGGUAUUCAAGCUCGCCAAGUCCUGGCCUACCCUGAACAUGCUCAUCAAGAUCAUUGGGAACUCCGUGGGCGCCCUGGGUAACCUGACCUUGGUACUGGCUAUUAUCGUCUUCAUCUUCGCCGUGGUGGGCAUGCAGCUCUUCGGCAAGAGCUAUAAGGACUGUGUCUGCAAGAUAGCUCUGGACUGCGAGCUGCCCCGCUGGCACAUGAACGACUUCUUCCACUCCUUCCUCAUCGUGUUCCGGGUGCUGUGUGGAGAAUGGAUAGAGACCAUGUGGGACUGCAUGGAGGUGGCCGGCCAGACUAUGUGUCUCAUCGUGUUCAUGAUGGUCAUGGUCAUUGGGAACUUGGUGGUGUUGAACUUGUUUCUUGCUUUACUGCUGAGCUCUUUCAGCGCAGACAACUUGGCAGCAACAGAUGACGAUAGUGAGAUGAAUAACCUGCAAAUUUCUAUCAAUCGUAUCAAGAAUGCUAUUGCCUGGGUAAAAUCCAAGGUCCGUUUGCUGAUCGCCACCAUCCUGAAGAAGAAGGUGACUGACGAGAUUAAGCCACUGGAUGACAUGUAUGAUAAAAAGCUCAUCAUCAACCACACGGACAUCAAUAGGGAGCUUGAUUACCAGAAGAACGGCAAUGGCACGACUAGUGGGAUUGGUAGCAGUGUGGGAAAAUACAUGAUCGAUGAGGACCGCAUGUCUUUCAUCCACAAUCCCAAUCUCACCGUGCGGGUGCCAAUUGCUGUGGGGGAGUCAGAUUUUGAGAACCUCAACACGGAGGACUUCAGCAGCGAGUCGGAUGCAGAGGGCAGCAAAGAUUUGGAUGAUACCAGCUCCUCAGAGGGAAGCACUAUCGACAUUAAGCCAGAGAUGGAGGACGUAGUGGUGGUGGAGGUGGUAGAGGAGUAUUUGGACCCAGAUCCAUGCUGGACAGAAGCUUGUGUGGCACGGUACAAGUGCUGUGAUGUUCCCAUUACGGAGGGCUGGGGGAAGUACUGGUGGUACCUGAGGAAGACCUGCUACCUGAUUGUGGAGCACAACUGGUUUGAGACCCUGAUUAUCUUUAUGAUCCUGCUCAGCAGCGGUGCACUGGCUUUUGAAGAUGUGUAUAUUGAGCAGAGGAAAACCAUUCGCAUCAUUCUGGAGUACGCUGACAGAGUAUUCACCUACAUAUUUAUCCUGGAAAUGUUGCUUAAGUGGGUAGCCUACGGCUUCGUCAAGUAUUUCACCAAUGCCUGGUGCUGGCUGGAUUUCUUCAUUGUGGAUGUGUCUAUAGUCAGCCUUAUAGCUAAUGCCCUGGGCUACUCCGAUCUAGGGCCUAUUAAAUCUCUCAGGACACUAAGGGCCUUGAGACCCCUCAGAGCCUUGUCACGUUUUGAAGGGAUGAGGGUGGUAGUCAACGCCUUGGUGGGCGCCAUCCCUUCCAUUAUGAAUGUGUUGCUGGUUUGCCUCAUCUUUUGGCUGAUUUUCAGUAUCAUGGGGGUCAACUUGUUUGCGGGGAAGUACUACUACUGCUUUAAUGAGACUUCAGAAGAACGCUUCGAAGUUGAGGAUGUCAAUAACAAAACUGAAUGCUUCAACUUAAUUAAUGCCAACAAAACUGAGGUCAGGUGGAAGAAUGUCAAGAUCAACUUUGACAAUGUCGGUGCAGGAUACCUGGCUCUUUUGCAAGUGGCUACAUUCAAAGGUUGGAUGGACAUCAUGUAUGCAGCAGUUGACUCCAGACAGGUGGAAAGCCAGCCAAUUUAUGAAGACAAUAUUUACAUGUACAUCUACUUUGUCAUCUUCAUAAUCUUUGGCUCCUUCUUCACUCUGAACCUCUUUAUUGGUGUCAUCAUUGACAACUUCAAUCAGCAAAAGAAAAAGUUUGGGGGUCAGGAUAUUUUCAUGACAGAAGAACAAAAGAAAUACUACAAUGCUAUGAAGAAGCUGGGAUCCAAGAAGCCUCAGAAACCUAUUCCCAGGCCACUGAACAAAAUUCAGGGGAUGGUGUUUGACUUUGUGACGCAGCAGGUGUUUGAUAUCUCCAUCAUGAUCCUGAUCUGCCUAAACAUGGUUACCAUGAUGGUGGAGACUGAUGAUCAGACAGAAGACAUGGAAACUAUCCUCUACUGGAUCAAUUUCAUCUUCAUCGUUGCGUUCACUACUGAAUUUCUGCUCAAACUUUUCGCCCUGCGCCAUUACUAUUUUACUAUUGGCUGGAAUAUCUUUGAUGUGGUUGUUGUUAUCCUGUCCAUUGUGGGUAUGUUCCUGGCAGACCUGAUUGAGAAGUACUUUGUGUCACCAACUCUCUUCAGAGUCAUCCGUCUGGCCCGAAUUGGCCGAAUCCUGCGUCUGAUCAAAGGAGCCAAGGGAAUUCGGACUUUACUUUUUGCACUGAUGAUGUCACUGCCAGCUCUUUUCAACAUUGGCCUGCUCCUCUUCCUGGUAAUGUUUAUCUUCUCUAUUUUUGGUAUGUCCAACUUUGCCUAUGUCAAGAGGGAAGCUGGAAUCGAUGAUAUGUACAACUUUGAGACAUUUGGAAAUAGCAUGAUCUGUCUGUUCAUGAUCACGACAUCGGCCGGCUGGGAUGGUUUGCUUUUGCCGAUCCUCAAUUACCCACCAGAUUGCAGUCCAGAUAAAGAAAAUCCAGGCACCACAGUGAAGGGCGACUGUGGCAACCCAUCCGUCGGUAUCUUCUUCUUUGUAAUGUACAUCAUCAUCUCCUUCCUCAUCGUGGUCAACAUGUACAUUGCCAUCAUUCUGGAAAACUUCAGUGUGGCCACAGAAGAGAGUGCAGACCCACUCAGUGAGGAUGACUUUGAGACCUUCUAUGAAAUCUGGGAGAAGUUUGACCCAGAUGCCUCACAGUUCAUUACCUUUGCCAAACUAUCGGACUUCGCGGAUGCGCUGGAGCACCCACUACGCGUGCCCAAACCUAACACCAUUGAGCUGAUUGCCAUGGAUAUGCCUAUGGUGAGUGGUGAUCGCAUCCACUGCCUGGACAUCUUAUUUGCCUUCACCAAGCGUGUGCUGGGUGACAGUGGUGAGCUGGACAUGCUGAGGCAGCAAAUGGAGGAGCGUUUUGUGGCAGCCAACCCAUCCAAAGUAUCGUAUGAACCCAUCACCACCACACUACGCCGUAAGCAGGAGGAGGUGUCAGCCAUCAGGAUCCAGCGUGCUUUCCGCGCCCACCUGAUCCGGCAGGGUUUCAUCUGUAAGCGCAGGCCCGAGAGCAACAAAUUAGAGAACGGGGGGGCCAACCAGGAGAAAAAAGAGGGCACGCCCUCCACUGCCUCCCUUCCUUCUUAUGACAGUGUAACAAAACCUGACAAAGAGAAAGAGGAGGAAAAUGAGGGACGGGGUCGAAAAGAGAAGGGAAAAACCCAAAAAGAUAUCAGGGAAUCAAAGUGUUAGGAACCAAUAGCAGUAGCUGGUGGAGUAAAUGCAGAUGUAACUCUCAAUCAAACGCAACACAUGUACAACUGCUUCAUUUUUAAGUUAAAAAAAGGAAUAACACAAAAAUUGUUUACACUCAUUUGGAAAAGUGUCUGUGUGGAAGAAAAAGCUCAGUUUCUUCGAAGACACUUGAAUGAAACUUAAUCAGCUGAGUAUGUGACAUUGUUGUGCGAGAGUUAAAAAAAUGACAACCAGCUUGAACAGCAAAACACAAUCUGUGCAGGUUCAUGACAAAUCUAUUUAUUUGUUUGUUUGUUUGUUUAUUUAUUUCAUUAUUUUUACUGGGGACCAUCUGCUACAGAACACAGAGAUAUACAAAGAAAUAAGACGCUUUGUGUCCUGCUGCAAAAGCAAUGACUCUGUGGAUUUUCUUCUAAAGGAAACUGCACCACUGGGGCUUUUUACAGUGACUUUACCGAGUAGUCUGGGUUUUUUUUUGUCUGUCCUUAAUAGGCAUGAACAACAGUAACCAUGAAGAAGUUUGUGUAGAAGGCAAAACAGACAGAAGGACCCAGAACAAUAUAAGGUCUUUGUGCUGAAUAUACUUGCAUCCACAUUAUUUGAAAUGGAACGAACAGCCCAUGUCACUAGUGUGUUCAUCUCCUAUUUGUUAUACCUACAUAAUGGACAUUUUCUAUAUGGGCUUUCAUAUUGAUAGGAAAGGGGGAAAUUAUUCAGGGUUUUUACUUGGGUUGGAGGGGACUUAACCCAGACUGAGUUCCCAGUGAAUAAAUAAUUGUGUUCGUUCAAUGCAUAGAGAUGACUUGCAUGAUGGCAUGUUUUGAUCAGGAAUCAUGCAUGAAUAUCAUAGUCCACACCACACUAAUACUCAAAUCACAACAGUGGUUUGAUCAUAAAUUGUAGGCUAUCCACUGGAAAGAAAUAAUAUAUUAAAAACAGGUUGUUAUUGUGAUUCACAAUAAUCGGAAAAUAAGUUAUUAUAAAUCAUAUUCGUCACAGAUGUUACUGUCCAGCCCACAUUUUAAAGAGAAAAUUCACGAGCAUUUUAAGGCAAACGGCAUUCUGCUGUUUGUACUAACAAUGUGCCACAUUAUACAGCAAAAGAAGGUAAAGAAGAAAGAUGUACUGGGAGAGAAUGUCAGUUAUACUCAGAGAAGAGUCCCGUCAAAACUAGGAUGUGGCUAACAAACACUGGUUGGCUGUGUGGUCUGCAAUACUCUGGCUGUCUUUAGUCACAGAGCUGUUGAGGGGUCUGAUUGAGUAGAUGUGUGUUGUUUUUAUUUUUCCCCAAAAGGAGCACUGACAGGCAGCAACGAUGAUGAUGAGGUUAAACUCCGGAAGCAGUGGCAGCUGACUUGGUUUAUUUAGGUUUGGCCCUGCGUUUGCUCCAGCCCCCAAUAUUUCUCCGUGUUCUUUGUUCACUAUUGCCAUCAUUGUGCAUAUUUUUAGCUGUCUUGAGCUUUGGAACUUUUCAAUGCAUCUUUCCAGUAUGGUUAGUUUUCCUAUUGAUGAGUGAAUCUGAGGUGCUUUAUACUCAAGAUGACGAAUGAAAAUGUUAUGUUGCACAGAAAAUAGCAUAAUCCAGUGUUGUUAGAGGAUAUGAUAAUCAGAACUGACCACGACGGGGGUACAGCAAGUAUGAGGACGUAUAAGUUUAGUGUGGAGGGAAAGGGGACUAUGAUUUUUAUUUUUGGAGAAUCAAUGCUUCUGAAGCUGCCAACCUACUCAUUAGAAGGGCUGUAAGAAAAAAAAUCAAAGCAAGAUCACUGCCUUGAGCAAAAUAUGUGGCACUGGUGAAUGUCCCACCCUUCAGGAUCUGAGGUCAAAGAGAACCUUCUAGAAGACAGCAAGCUGCCAUAAGCCCAGGCUCAUUCAGGAUUUCAUGGAAUCAGUGUAGUACUAAAGUCUCCUAACUGCCAUUGAACUUAGAUGUUCAGACCCCCGCCUCUGGAGAUUGAGGAGCUGGGGGUGGGAGGCAAAGAAAAUUCUGGUCUUAUCUCUGUGAAGCAGUUUCAUUCUUGGUGUUACCAGUAUGGCGGGAGGCCCAGAGGUUAGACUGGGCUUCGCACAACUGUGUGUCAACAAAGGAAAAGAAUACACAACACCCAGACUGACGUUUUUCAUUCAGGCCAAGGCAUACCUCACCUUGGCUUUGAGGCAUUUAUCUUUACUGUCAAAUGUCCUCCCUGACCUCCUAUACACUAAACCCUUGCCUUUUUAUGAACCAUGGGUUUCUGAAUUGUUGGUGGUACGGACUUAAUCCAAUUAAAUGCCAAAUACAAAAUAUAAUAAUAAUAAUAAUAAUAAUAAACAAUGCAGCAGAUAAUGUAAUACAAUUGUUUUGUGUGCCCAUGUUGACAUAUAAACAAAAUGUACAUUCAUACAGAAGUAAUGAUAAAUAUAUUUUACAAACUGUGUGUACAAAACAGGCUGUGAUGUGUCAGAAAAAUGCUAAAAAGAAAACUUUUCUGAGAGAAACUAUAAAUAAUGUAAUAUAUCAUUUUAUUUUAUUAGCAUGCUGUUUUUUGUAAAUACAGAAUUUAAAAAUAACUAUUAAUCUAAUAAUAAAUAACAAUGAUAUAGAAUGGCUUCCAGCUGAUGUUCUAUGACACAUUUGUUACACUUUUCAAUAUUUGAGAAAGUUUUCACAUUAUUGAGGGAAAUUGAAAGAAAUAAUAUAUACAAGAUCUAUAUACAAUAAGUUUAUAACUGGAUACUAUCCGACACUCUCUCUCCUCUCUAAAUCCCAGGUUUAAAGAAGCUCUACAGACAGUAAUCACUUACAUUUAUUGUGCAACACAGUGUAAUGUCUGACCAAAACUCUAGGCUGGCCCUGGAUCUCAGUGUUUUUGGGGCCCAGCUGGUGCACAGUGUUUUCUGAGCUGCUUACUGUGGUUUUAUAGCCUGAGAUGAGAGGAUUGUGCUGCCAGCAGACCUUUUUCUAUACCGUUUUUUUAUCACACUCUUGUGCCCCACCUGAACAGGCUUACUCUAAUAAACUUUAACUGCCCUAGAAAACGCCACUGCCAGCAUGCGGAAACCACAAAUGUGUCCAUAGACUGUACCGUGGUAAUGAUUUGCUCCUGAUCGAAGGGCUCCCAACACCCCUGAGUUUGUUUUCAGUAUUCUCCCAGUUCUGCAUUUCUGCUUUGUUAUUUGCAUUUUACCUGUUUAUUUGGAUCUUGAUUUUUUUUUGUAGUCUUUUUUUUUUUUGUCAUUACUAUGUGUGCAUUUUUCUUUUUUUUUUUUACUGCCAGGCAAAACCUCCAUAACUAUAGGAGCUUCUCAAAAAGCAGCACAAUGUGAAUCAGGGACGUGAACAUACCGAAAAGUCGAAAACACUGCCUGUGAACUGACAAAUAAAAAAUAUCACCCAAAAUAGUAGCUUAGGAGAAAAAAAAUACCUGCAGAUUGUAAGCAAAGCAUUCAGUGUAACAUCCUCAUAAACUGGAAAAGAAAAUAGCUCUGUAGGUCAUCUUUUGGUGUGAUUUGUUCCAGACAUGCAUUCAUCAUUUCUUGACCUUCACUUCAGUAAAUGUUUUACUCAUUGGCAUGACUGAGAUGAUUUGAUUUCUGUUGAAAAAUAGUAAGAGGUGCUUUUUAUAAUAUAUUGUAAUUCUCUGCCAAUAUGAUAAAAUGAUGAUAUAAGAGGGUGUGUUGCACAACUACAUGGACUUCUGAAAUAUUGUCUUCAUUUGAGCACGAUACUUUUUAUUAAUAAUAAAGCAGCCUUCCAGUUAUUUGUUGUGUUUCAUUUUAUUUAGGGUUUGAGGGACAAACUGAGACUGCAUGAUUUAGGGGACCUGGGCUUCCCAUCAUUCCAGCUUCAGAGGUUUCUGGGGCAAGGGGGGGGGGGGUUGAUUACUUCAUACAGCUGUCGCACACUGCCCUAUCUUGGCUGCCUGUGUAGAUUUGCGUUUUGUCUAGACUAUUUAUAUGGUCUCAAGUUGGAAGUUAGUUUUUGUCAAAAGUGUUUUUAUUGUGUACAUUGUGAUAUUUAUACCCAAUGUCUGCAACUAUUCUGUGUGACUAUAAUGCAGCUAACAGACCAUUUGAGAUCUCCUCAAUUCAGUAUGGCUCUUCAUAGGUAAGUAAAAUUUAGCUGCUAUAUGUGUCCAUUCCUAUGUGUCAUUGCACACUGUAUGGUUUACAUACUAGACUGAAGGUAGGUAUCAUGAUACCCUUAUAAUAGAUUACUGGGGACAUAAUAUAUACACCAUACUUGUCCUUAUGAAAACUUGAUCAUCAUGUCUUAAGAGGAGAAUCUUCACUUAGACAAUAAUGGACAUUUAUGUGGUUUUAUGGCACUGAACUGUUCUGAUAAUCAGCCAUAUUGAAUUCAGGGGAUUCCAAACACACACGAAAGUGGCAACAUUACAGUCAAAACGCUUCUCUGGGCUGUUUACAAAUGGAGAAACCUCAGUAAUAGCCAUAUUGGUAUAAAAAAAAUUAAUUCAGUGAGGAGUCUUGCUCUCUUGGAUGUAUAUAAAUGCAAACUGGUACUGCUUUAAGCUGGCUUUAGCUAUAGCAAUCCAAAUCAAGAGAAUAAGUGAAUUUCUAUCUCUUAUCAAAAAUCUUCAUUUCCACAUUUUUCUGUAGACAGAGAUCUUGAAUCUGAAACUGUUCUUGGACUGGUUUUGUUUUCUGUAACUGUGUUCUUUAGUUUGUAGUGUUUACUUUAUACACGUUUUUUUUUUUCAGUUGAUGACAAAUUUGAGCUGGUUUGCUGUUGGGGAUCUCCUUUUAGACUCCAAGUGAAAGUUUUUUGACUGAAAUGUUGCAUUGGGUGUUUAUAUGUAAAUAAACUAAACGUUUGAAAGGAA